AUGGACCUUGUAUCUCAGCACAGAUCGCCUGAGACUGGCUGGGAAUAUCACUGCUACAAUUCUCUAAAAAAGAACUUUGGGGAGGCCCUUGAAAAUUUAACUCAUGGGCUGACUGACAAAGCAGGUCGUCCUGUUUCUGUUUUGGAUGCGAAUACUUGGGGUAUUGAUAUCAAUACAUGUAAUACUUAUUGCAAUACUGAAACCCUACCAUGGCCGAACUUCAACUUCAAGGCCUUUUCGGCGGCGUUUACAAGCUACCUUCUUCCAUGGCUUGCUCUCACAGCUCAGUUGCCAUACGAAACCGGGAACCCGUGGAGCGAUAUUAUGAGCCUCUGUAUUGCUCUGGGUAGUCCUGCGAUGAUAACUUACUCCCUUACUAUCACCAUGCUUAAUCGGUACUGGGUCCGACGGGAAUUUCGAUUAUUACUUGGUAGCUUACGCCGCCAUACCCGACUCCGCUAUAAACGCCAAAUAUGCGCUGUGCAAUAUUUCCUUGCUGAAGUGCAGCAAGUUCCAUUGCAGCUUCCCUCUGACUUCAAUGUUCUGCGCCAGCAUCUUCAGCCUGAGAUGGAAAAAUCGUGGACUCGCCUUAGUGGCCGCCUACGUCGUUCAAGGCGGGGCGUGACAGCAUCACUUGUAGCACAGGUACUAUCAGCUGCUGUUGCGUAUACGUUUACCGUCAUUUCCUCGUUCGUGAGUUCAAUAGAAAGCCUGGACUCGGUGAUGCAAAUAACUGCAGGAACACUUUGGGCAUGGCUGGUAAGUCAUUCUAUUUACGUUUUCUCCUGUUCUGCAAAUAUCAAGUCUAAUAGCACAAAAAAGAUACCUAUUGUAUGUGGCUGGGUUAUCGUUGGAACCCAGAGCACACACGAUGCCAUAGAGGAUGCGUUAAGAAUGAAAUAUUUAAAUACUUCAUAUGAACCACACAGCGCCAUCGAGGGCCUGGAAAACCCAAGCGAAAACGAGGACAAUGCAAAAAUAUCCGUUCGUCUGGAUCGGAAAGACCGGAAUCAGCCAAAUAUGUUCGGGCUGAGUUUUGCUGGAGAUGAGUUGCACAAAGGCCCUGUGUAUAACUAUGCACGUGUGUUCACUUGGUGGCAGGCUGUGCAUCAUUUCAUGGAAGCGAUCAAGAGCAUGGAUCAGCCUCAACUUACGAGAGAUGGGCAGUACUCGCAGCCUGGAAAGCCUCACGACCAAAUGGCCACGGAUAGUUUGCUCGAAAGUGAGGUUACUAAGCUUCCAGCGUUCAACACUGGCCAGUACAUGGCCUUGUACCCAAAAUUUUCAGAUUUACCACCGGACCUAUGGUGGCGGAUGGUCCUCGCCUCCGUAAUGGCCCUUAGCAUACAAUGGGGUACUACGGGAGCGUCAGCUCUCAUGGCGUAUCUCACUCCAGUCCAAGGUCUAGGCUGCAGAUCAGGAGGCUACACCUUAUAUGGAAUCCUGGGUACCCUGGCCUGGAUGGCUUUAGUCGCCUCGAUGCUAUUCUCUCACGCUGCAAUGUCGUCAUAUCCCCUGAAAUCUUACAGAAACGCCUUCUUUGGCAGGAUUGCUAUUUUCCUACGGUGCACAGGUAAAUUCAUUGCCAUAUUCAAUGCUGCCUGGCUGGUAUGCAGCACUAUAUUUGAAAAUGUUGGAUUUUAUGACAACUGCUGGUGUCACGCAGUUGUACUCGGCUAUGGUCAAAAAGCAUGGGCCAUUUUAUUCCGCACGCCAGAAGAAUUUCGGCACGAAGCGAAAAAUUCAUGGCCUGGAGGUAUUGCGUUUACCAUGAUUGUUUGUACUCUUUCAGUUUUAGUGUAUCUGCUAGGUUCAGGAGAUGAUUCACGCCUAGGAGAAGAUGAGUAUGAUUAA